UGUCGAGAGAAGGCCUGAAGCAGACAAGGCGUGGAUGUGAUCGCGGAGAGCUGAGGAUGGUCGGUCGUGUUUGUGGCUGAGUAAUUGUUUAUGGACCAGUGCUGCCAACAGCCGUCUAUGCGUGUGUGUUUUGAGACGUUGUGUUUCUCGUCGCAGCGGCUAGCUGAAGACGAGGAAGACUCCAACAUGGCGACUUCACUGCCUGUAGUGAACGGGGCUCCUGGCGAGCCCCUCGUCAUGGAUUCAGCAGGGGACAACCAGCAGGAGCUGCAGGCCCUGGUUCAAACCAAGGACCUUAGGAUACGGGAUCUGGAGGCCCAGCUCCGGCUUCGCGAACAGGAGAUCCUGGAGCUCAGGUCCCAUCUGGACAAGUUCCAGAGCGUGUUCCCAUAUCACAUCAAGAACAACCAACUUCGACCCCGGAAGAAGAGGGCGCAGGGCAUUUCCGCGGAACCACAGAGCCACAGUACGAUACAGGAGUUGAGCGAGCAAAGCUUCCCCACAUUCGAUAAGAACGACAGGUCGCGGGACCUCAUAAGGAGCGCCAUUUUGGACAAUGAUUUUAUGAAAAACCUGGAGAUGACGCAGAUCCGCGAGAUUGUGGACUGCAUGUACCCGGUGGAGUACGCUGCGGGCAGCCUAAUCAUCAAGGAGGGUGCAGUGGGAAGCAUCGUCUACGUCAUGGAAGAGGGCCGUGUGGAGGUGUCGCGGGAGAACAAGUACCUCAGCACCCUCGCUCCCGGUAAGGUGUUUGGUGAGCUGGCUAUUCUGUACAACUGCAAGAGGACAGCCACCAUCAAGGCUGCCACGGACUGUAAGCUAUGGGCCAUCGAGCGCCAGUGCUUCCAGACCAUCAUGAUGCGCACUGGCCUCAUCCGUCAAGCAGAAUACACGGACUUCCUUAAGAGUGUCCCCAUCUUCAAGAACCUGCCAGAGGAAACAUUGACCAAAAUCUCAGAUGUGCUUGAAGAGACAUUCUACAAUCCAGGCGAUUACAUCAUUAGGCAAGGUGCUCGUGGUGAUACAUUCUUCAUCAUCAGCAAAGGACAGGUGAAAGUGACGAUAAAGCAGCCCAACUCCGGGGAGGAGCAGUACAUACGCACCCUUCAGAAGGGAGACUUCUUCGGAGAAAAGGCUCUGCAGGGUGAUGACCUGCGUACAGCCAACAUCAUCGCCGAUGAACACGAGGGUGUGACUUGUCUGGUGAUUGACCGUGAGACAUUUAACCAACUCAUCUCUAGCCUCGAUGAGAUCAGAACACGGUACAAGGAUGAGGGCGUGGAGAGGAGGAGAAUCAAUGAGGAGUUCCGGGAUGUAAAACUUGCAGACCUGCGAAUCCUGGCAACCCUGGGAGUUGGUGGCUUUGGGCGUGUUGAGCUGGUGCAGAUUGCUGGGGAUCCAAUGAGGUCAUUUGCUCUUAAGCAGAUGAAGAAGAGUCAGAUUGUGGAGACGCGGCAACAGCAGCACAUCAUGUCUGAGAAGGAGAUCAUGGGCGAGGCAAAUUGCGAGUUCAUCGUCAAGUUGUUCAAGACUUUCAAAGACCGCAAAUACCUGUACAUGCUCAUGGAGGCAUGCCUUGGAGGCGAAUUAUGGACUAUCCUCAGAGACAAGGGUCACUUUGAUGACUCCACCACACGCUUCUACACAGCCUGUGUUGUGGAGGCGUUCGACUACCUGCACAGUCGCAACAUCAUUUACAGAGACCUCAAGCCAGAGAACCUUCUGCUUGAUGUGAAUGGAUAUGUCAAACUGGUUGAUUUUGGAUUUGCAAAGAAACUGCAGCAAGGACGUAAGACGUGGACGUUCUGCGGUACUCCAGAGUAUGUGGCACCUGAGGUGAUCUUGAACCGAGGCCAUGAUAUCAGUGCAGACUACUGGUCACUUGGUGUGCUCAUGUUUGAGCUGCUUACAGGAACACCACCGUUUACUGGGUCUGACCCAAUGAAGACUUACAACAUUAUUCUAAAAGGCAUUGAUGCAAUUGAAUUCCCACGCAAUAUCACUAGAAAUGCUACGGCGCUGAUCAAGAAGCUGUGUCGGGACAACCCGACAGAGAGGCUUGGUUAUCAGAAGGGUGGCAUUAGUGAGAUCCAGAAGCACAAGUGGUUCGAUGGCUUCAACUGGGAAGGCCUCAUCAAUCACACCCUGAUUCCCCCCAUAACUCCAAAGGUGCGAAAUGUGACUGACACGAGCAACUUCGAUGAAUAUCCUCCUGACAGUGAGGGGCCCCCUUUGGAUGACCUCACAGGCUGGGAUGCUGAGUUUUAGACCCUGUUUCUGGUGCUGUGUCACUGUGAUGACCCAGAUUGGUGCAACUCGAGGCUAGAACACGUUCACAAUAAGUAUUAGUUGAUACGCUGUUGAUCUGGAUUACAGAGUGCCAUUCCUGCAGUAGUUUGUAAAUAGUGAUCCCUUCCAGCUGAGCACACGUUGUUGAAGAAGAUGGUUUCCCCACUUGUUUUAAAUUUGUAUUGAGUGCCAUUUAAACAGUGCAAGGGAAGAAGGCUUGUUUAACACAUUUGAUUAUGUUAAAGACUGCCACACGGUUUGUAGUUGAUUAAGGUCCUGAUAAUCUUGUGACAUUUUUGAACUGAAAGCGAACAACGAUGUAAUUAAUUUGUACAAAGCGUUUCUAAGUGAAAGUGUGUAUAAAGAGAUGGUAAAUUUCUUAGAAUCCUGAGGGUAAGAUUAUUUUUUGUCCUGGUUUUCUAAGCAUACUACCAUUGCAAUAUUCUUGCCAUUGCAAUAGAAAUUAUUAAGUUAGUUAUUUUAUAUAUGUUACGUUUGAAUGAUAUAGUUUAUAAAUUAAUAUGUACAUAUGUCACUCUAACAUUUGCACAUAGACUUAACCCCGUAGUGUGUGAUGCUUGAUAACAGAAAGGCAAUGCUUUGUUCAGAGAGAUGGUGUAUUUAAAAUAAAGUUUUAUAUUACCUGCCUGCC